UGUCAAAAUCAGCUGCCAAAACAGACAAACAUUGUCCGGUUGUUGCCUAUCGUCGUGUGUGCCGAGUGCCGACGAUGAACACGCAACUAGUGAAACAGACUUUGACCCCGACCACCGGAUCAGCUUUAAUUGGAGUUAACUAACCACGGGACGUUGUCCAGCUUCCCCCUUUCGCCCGACCCCUAGUUGCCAGUGCCUGUGCCACCAUGCAGCGUAACGUGCAAACAAUCAGGCGCAUGAACGUGCUGCAGCGUAUCCUGGCCCACCAGCAACCGACGUUAGCGGAAAGUACCGGCGUGUCAUGGAACCGUCACUACGCAACCAGCAACACCACCACCGGUGGCACCAUCCAGAUAGACGACGUGGAGAAAGAGAUCGACGUACCACUGCGUCCCGAACUGGUCCCGAAUGGUUAUGUUAGCAUCAGCGAAACCGGUGAGGCUGCGCUGUCUCAAACGCGCCUUCAUCAUCUCCGCUGGAUGCUUCAGAAGGAUAAGCUCGGCCAAGACAUACUGCUGCUCGGGCGGCCCGGCGGUUUGCGGCGCCGCAUCGUGAUGCAGUACUCGGAGCUAACGCGUCGUGAAGUCGAAUACAUACUGCUGAACCGCGACACGACCGAAAGUGAUUUGAAGCAGCGGCGUGAAAUAUUGGAUGGGACCGCGUCCUACCACAAUCAGAGUGCGGUCCGUGCUGCGAUCGAGGGUCGCAUACUGCUGAUCGAGGGUGUGGAGAAAACCGAACGUAAUGUGUUGCCGAUUUUGAACAAUCUGCUGGAAAAUCGAGAAAUGCACCUGGAGGAUGGAAGGUUUCUGAUAGCGGCCAAAAAUUACGAUGCUUUGCUAGAGCGCUUCAGCCGUGACCAGCUGGACAAAUGGGGUUUGGUGCGUGUGUCGGAAAAGUUUCGCGUCAUUGCACUGGGACUCCCUGUCCCUCGGUACCGUGGUUCACCGCUCGAUCCACCGCUCCGUUCCCGGUUCCAAGCACGCGAUAUUGCUGAACUACCGUACGUGGAGGUACUGACCGAAGCAAAAGCUCUUGCGGGUCCGUUAGACCACCCGGAAGUGUUGACUAAGCUCGUAUCGUUCGCUUUCGGCAUCCAGUCCGCUUCGGCCCUGCUGCCCGAUUUUCCCAUCGAUAACCUACGGUACGCUGGACUGUUGCUACGCAAUAAUGGCACACUGACCGAGCAAGAGUUGCUAAGACGAUUCUAUCCUUACCCGGUGUUUCUCGCGAAGGAAGGUAGCUCGUACGUGACCGGGUUGAUGGAAUCGCUUAAAUUUGCGCCUGAAAGUGAUGGAGGGCAUGGAAUGGAAAUUGAUGGUGUUAGCAAACGGGACGAUGGACUGCUCAACGUACGAUUGCGCUCGCCCAGUAAAAUGGCCGAGUUUCAACUAGCCCAAGGAACCGCUAGCCCGCUGGAAGAUAAGCGUCAACCAUUCAUACCAACGUCCUACCAAAACGGGCUGCUGGCGGAACUGCUGCAAACCAUUGCCGUCGGUGACGUUUGUCUCGUUGGCCCGAAAGGGUGCGGAAAAUCGAUUCUGGCCGAACAGCUGUGCCGGUUGCUGAACGACCAGCACAUGGAAGCGAUGGUGCUGUACCAGGACAUGACAGCGCGCGAUCUGCUGCAGAAGCGUACCACACGUCUGAACGGUGACACAGUCUGGCAGGAUUCACCGCUACUGAUGGCAGCCCUUGCCGGACAUGCGAUCGUGCUAGAUGGUGUACAUCGGUUGCAUCACAGCACGCUCGGUAUAUUGCACCGACUGGUACACGAUCGCGAGCUCCAGCUGUACGAUGGUAGGCGCCUGCUGUCCCACGAACGUUACGAUCGAUUGCAAACAGCACAACCCGACCAGGAUCUAACAGCACGCGGCAUGCUACGCAUCCAUCCAGGCUUUCGCAUAAUAGCACUAGCAGAACCGGCGCAAAAUGUUGGUACGGAUGGGGCCGGCGUACCUACACGAAGUGGUCCAUCCGGUGCGUGGAUCAGUGCAGAAACGCUCAGCCUAUUCCUUUUCCACGAGGUGCGUGGUUUGAGUGAACGCGAGGAACGCCACGUACUGGACAAACUGUACGGCCCGAUAAGCGAUACGAUGGAACAGAUACUGCGCGUUGCGCACCAUCUGCGCACAUCGUCCGAUCCGGUCCAGCAGACACUGGCCGGAAAUCUUUCCACCCGCCAGCUUUUGCGCAUCGCCCGCCGGUUGCAUCAGUACGGGGAGGAUCGUAAUGCAGCCGACCUACUGCACGCCACAUUCCUGAGCAAGUUUAUGCCUAGCUUGCCACGCAACGUGCUCGAUUCGGCGAUGCGCCGCUAUCUGCCAAACUACACUGGACCUAGCAACGAAGAGGCAAACACCAUCAGGAACCCAAUUACGGUGGAGCAAACCGAAGAUUCGGUACGCAUUGGACGUACCAGUGUGCCACGUUAUCGUACGGAAGCGGUCAGCAAGAUACCGGACAUUGUGUUCUACGACUUGCCGCAACAUCUACGACUAAUGGAGCGUCUCCUGCAGGACUUUCUGCUCGGUGAACAUCUCUUGCUGGUGGGAAAUCAGGGUGUGGGCAAGAACAAAAUCGUGGAUCGUUUACUACAGCUGAUGGGACGCCCGAGGGAGUACAUACAGCUGCACCGAGACACCACGGUGCAAUCGCUUACGCUACAGGCCACAGUACGCGAUGGACGGAUCGAGUACGAGGACUCGCCGCUGGUGAAGGCGGUACGGUACGGUCACGUGCUGGUGGUGGACGAAGCGGACAAAGCACCGGUACACGUAACCUGCAUCCUGAAGACACUCGUCGAGAACGGUGAGAUGCUACUAUCGGAUGGGCGUAAGAUUUGCCCACCGAGCACAUCCACCGAUGCGAAGGUGGCGGACGGCUUCCUGCCUACGCAUCCCGACUUCCGAAUGAUUGUGCUCGCGAACCGACCCGGGUUCCCAUUCCUCGGAAAUGAUUUCUUUGCCGCACUGGGUGAUUUAUUCGCGUGCCACGCGGUGGACAAUCCAUUGCCCGAGUCGGAGAUGUUCCUGUUGCAACAGUACGGCCCGUCGGUACCGGUCGCUACCAUACGUCGGUUGGUGGAUGCGUUUGCGGAGCUGCGCGAAAUGGCGGAUGCGGGUACGCUGCACUAUCCUUACUCGACGCGCGAAGUUGUCGCGAUAGUGCGCCAUUUGGAGCGCUUCCCGUCCGAUGCACUGGCGGAAGUGAUUGGCAAUGUGUUGGAUUACGAUCGGUACGCGCCGGAAACGUUGGACCAAGUAACAGCGGUGCUGUUACGCCACGGACUACCGAUAGGAGAGUAUGCGGAGGGUUGUGAAGCGAUUGCGGCGAUGCGACGCCAGCGCGAACUGCAGCUUACGGUGCGUAGCCACAGUGGGAAGGAUGUGGCUGGGCCGAAGCACGGUAAGGUUGACCCGAACAACGAUCCGCACGUUGGUGGGAACACGUGGGCGGGUGGUACUGGAGGCCGGGAUACGGCCGGGCUCGGUGGGAAAGGUGGACCGUACCGAUUGGACGCGGGGCACAAGGUGCAUCAGCUGUCCGACGCGGAAAAGGACGACAUACCGGAGGAGGUAAAGCAGGCAGCACGCGAAAUGAACCGCAAAGCGUUCGAAGAGAAGCUGCGUGAAAUCCAGAUGAGCCCGUACGAGCACAAGGUGUACGAACAGUAUGCGGAACCGGUUCGCCGACAGGUUCAGCAGUUGCGGAUUACCUUGCAGGCAUUGCAAGCCCGGGCUCGCGAGCGCCAGUGGCAGCGACAUCGAAGUGCUGGCGAACUAGACGACACAAAGCUGGUCGAGGGGUUGACGGGUGAACGAGCGAUCUACAAGCAGCGGGCCGAGCAAGAUCCGGAACCGGGUCAACCGCAGGAGAAACCCAAACGCUUGAAGUUGGUGGUGGACGUGUCUGGCUCGAUGUACCGCUUCAACGGGUACGAUGGACGGCUGGACCGUGAGCUGGAAGCGACCGUAAUGGUAAUGGAAGCGUUCGAUGGAUUCGAGGGCAAAAUCCGGUACGAUAUCGUUGGGCACAGCGGGGAAGCGGUUGCCGUCCCGUUCGUAAACGAAAACAACCCACCGAAGGACGCGAAACGCCGGCUAGAAACGAUCAAGAUGAUGCAUGCGCACGCACAGUUCUGUUGGAGCGGCGACCAUACGCUUGCCGCGACCGAGCAGGCAGUCGACGAGCUUGCCAAGGAGGACUGUGACGAAGCGAUCGUGAUCGUGCUGAGCGAUGCUAAUUUGGCCCGGUACGGUAUUACGCCGCGGAAACUAAACACUGCGCUUGCCCGCCAAUCACCGAGGGUGCAAGCGUACGUCAUCUUCAUCGGCAGCCUGGACGAUGAGGCGAAGGUGGUGGCGGAAAAUAUGACCGCUGGCAAGGCGUUUGUGUGCAUGGAUCUGGACCAGCUGCCGCAGAUCAUGCGCCAAAUCUUUGCUGCCUCGUUGCUGCAGUAAAGGAGGUCGCGAUACCCAACACAGACCCAAUUUUAAAUACUAGGUAGAAUUAGAGCUAUGGACUCUACUCAGUGCUAAACGGAAGUACUCCCACAACACGAACCUCCAGUUCAAAUGGUAUGCAUGUAGAUAGUGGUUACAGAGUGAUGGGAUACCUGUGUAUGUGUAGGGAAAAUAGUUACGCUAUAGACAAUAUACCUUUUUACAACCCUGUACCUUAUCAACUUUCUUUGCUUAAUGACAAGCAAUACAGACGGAUGUUCCAGAGUGAUGUCUCCAUAGUUUUCCAUACAAUGAAUUACACCGAGCAGCACCGUAAUGGUUACAUUGUUGAAUUGUUAUCAUAAUAUAUACGUUUGCUACACCGAUUGUGAU